AUAUACGGAUUUUUGUACAGAAAAUGUAAAAUCUAUUGUUAAAAACAAAAAAAAAAAAAAAAGAAGAAAGAAAGAAAAAAAAAAAGAAAAAAAGUACGGAGUAUAAUCUACUUUCCCUCUCCUAUUCCUAAUUGAACUCGUGAAGACGUAAACCCCCAAUUUCUCAAUCAAUUAAGCUUCUUAUCAACCAAACUCAAAACCCCCCAAAAUUUCCCUAAAAAUCCCUAAAAAUUUCCCCAAAAAUCUUCAUCAUCUUCCUUGAAGAUGGAGGAAUCAGAGAAGAGAAGAGAAAGACUAAGAGCAAUGCGAUUAGAAGCAACAACUGAUGCUGUUCCAUCAUCUUUCCCUCAACAAACCCUAAAUUCAAUUUUACCAGCACCAUUACUCAAUAACGAAGAUUCCAACGCCGCCGCAGCAGCUGCUACUCCUCCACCGCGAUUUGAUUAUUACACCGAUCCAAUGGCCGCUUACUCCACCGACAAACGGCGGCCUUUCACUCCUAGACCACAUGUUUCGCCCUCUCCUCAAGGACCAAUGAAUCCUCAAAUGCAUCCUGGUGCCCCUCAAUUCCAACAUAAUGUUGCUCCUCGUCCGGGUAUGUAUCAAGGUGGAGAUCCCUAUUAUAACCCAGGCAGACCUGGUCCGACUUCAAGUCCAAUGGGGAUUAGGAGCCCAUACCCUAUGCACCAAGGUAGUCCAAACUUCGGUGCUGCACCUGGCAGGGGUCACUGGUUUAAUAAUAAUCCUAGUCCUGGUCCUCCUGGUACAUGUGGAGGUAGCCCUUAUCCUCCAUAUCAAGGUAGCCCUAAUUUUAGAUCUCCUCCUCGAGGAAGGGGUCACUGGUCCAGCAAUAGUCCCUGGCCUCCCAGCCCUGGUCCUGGACGUGGAGGUGGUCCUAGCCCUAACGUAGGAAGAGGGAGGGGUCGAUGGGAUGGCAGUAGGAUGAGUCCUAGUUCAGGAUAUUCUGGUGGAAGAGGAAGGGGAAGAAGCUACGAUUAUGGUCAAGCACGGUCUUUCUACAACAAGUCCAUGGUGGAGGACCCUUGGGCAUCAUUAACGCCUGUUAUUUGGCAAGGGGAGAAGGAGAAUGAGGUUAAAAGUUUCGCUAAUAACCGAGGUUAUUUUCAGAAAACUCAGACAUUUCAAAAAACUCCUUGUGCAAAAAAACCUCGGGUCUUUAAUUCUUUCGAUUCAUCCAACUCAAAAGAGAGUGGGAGCCUGGCUGAGUACUUAGCUGAAUCUUUUGAUGAAGCUGGUGAAGAAGCAGCAGCCACUAUAUUAUAAUGCUUUCUUAUUUUUUCAUUUACAGGGGUGUCUUGGUAGUUGAGUUUGGCUCCUCCUACUAGAUAGGAUUUGAUAAACUGUACUCGUACUGUAUUUUUCAGUAGAUUUUUUUAAAUUUUUUUUUAUAAAUAUACAGUAACAAUUAGCAUAAGCAAUGUACGAAAAUCUAAUGCAUUAACCAUUCAAAGUUAUUGGAAGAAUGCUGGCUAGUGGCAACAGUUAAUUAUCAAUGAUGGUUCUGAUCUCAUUGAUGAGUAAAUGAGUUGAAUGAUAAA